AUGUUGUCGGAAAGCAGAGAAUGUAUUGUGCCAAACGAGGCGAAGACUCCCCAAACAAUUGAUACUAUGGACAAAAAUAAUCAUAAUCGCCGUUUCGACGAUAAUGAUGAGCUCCCGCAAGUCCGACUCUCACUAGGCGAACCGACUGGCCACAGAAAGAGAUUCGAACCUCUGUCAGAAAGCGCGCUUAACCUCUACGCAUUGAUAAUUGCAGCAACUAUCGGAAUUCUCGGAUUACUCGGUCUUGUCAUCGCCGUCAUUAUUCUUGCUUACAAAUAA